AUGCCUUCCUCUAUCUACAACCUUCCCCAUCCUGGACCUUCUCCUGCAUGCCCUUUGCCUUCUCUCCCUUCUUACGAGGACGAUAUUUCUAUCUAUUCUCAAGAGUCCUUCCGCGAAGAAGAGUACGACGACGACGUGUCAAUCUACUCGCAAGACUCAGACGAUUGUGAGUGGGUCCUUGAAAUGGAUCCCCUUGAUUCGUUUUCAGAGGUCGCACCUCCCGCUGCUGACAUGCGCGACGGAAGCUUUGAGUCCUCUGAUGAUGAUGACUCGGCUCCUGCGACUCCUACUUCCGCCCAACAGCAGGAGUCGGAGUCAGAGUCAGAGGGUAACAAGCCCGUCACCGGAGUCGUAGUUGAGAAGAGGCCGACUUCCUUGAAGACGCUCAAGGCCAAACUCCUUCGGAGGAUGCGCUCGACCCUGGAGUGUUCAUGUUCGACGUUGUCUAUGAAGCUGAACGCAUGUAUGUGGAUGGGUGCCGACCUGGGAUUGGCCGCUCAAGGAGGUUUCGGCGUGGUGCAACCAUUUCCCUUUGAGCGGUCGUCCCAAGUUGGGUGUUCGGGAUUGUCCCUCCGUUUCGAGUACAUUGUUCCGGCCGACAUCAGAGAUCUAAACUACUUGUUUUGUUUUUUCAUUGCGUUCUACUAUGACUGCUGGAAGGCCAGGGAACAUUCGCACAACGAGAGGAACGAUGUAGCGCCGCGACGAGUCAUACAUGACCUGGCCGUGAUGUUGUGCUCCAUUGAAGAUCUGGAUGUUUUCGCGUCUGCGCGGAUGCGGGUCCUCUUACUUAAACCUCCGUGA